AUGAACCUUCAUGUGUUCCUAACGACGAUCAAUGUUCCAUCUUCUGAAGCCUCACCGGAUUUCUUCUCAUGGACAGUUGAUGGAGAUAAACUUCAGACUUUCAGCUCAAGCAAAACAUGGAGCAUAGUCAGAGAAAGACAGCAUAUCCAUUCAUGGCACAAGAUGGUUUGGUUCAAAGGUCAUAUUCCAAAGCAUGCCUUCACUAUGUGGGUUGCUGUUCUAGAUAGGUUGCCUACCCACAAUCGACUGGCUUCAUGGGGAAUGCUAACGCCCAUCUCAUGUUGCCUCUGUUCCUCUUCGGAUAAAUCUAGAGAUCAUAUAUUUGCUGAAUGUGGUUUCACCAAGGAGCUCUGGAGACGAAUGCACGCUAAGUUGUCUGGUACAACCACCACUUUUGACUCCUGGCCUCAGCUGUUGGCUUGGUGUUCUCAGAAUGUCAGCAAGUCAUAG